CCAUGUGCAGUACCCUCUGAGUAGCUCAUUCGCACCACACGGCUUGUCCUUUUUUGCCUCCGCUCGCUUCACCUCUUCGUCUCACAGACGUGCACCUUGUCGCAGCUGCAAGCUUUUCACCUCGCAAAGAUGUUUCGUUUGCCAACGGUCAUGAAGCAGGUGAGGCCCGUGUGCAGGGCGCUCGCUCCUCACCUCACGCGCGCCUACGCCAAGGACGUCAAGUUCGGCGCUGAGGCCCGUGCCCUCAUGCUGCAGGGAGUGGACCUGCUGGCCGACGCCGUGGCCGUCACCAUGGGCCCAAAGGGUCGCAAUGUCAUCAUCGAGCAGAGCUGGGGCAGCCCCAAGGUCACCAAGGACGGCGUGACGGUGGCCAAGAGCAUCGACCUGAAGGACAAGUACCAGAACAUCGGCGCCAAGCUGGUGCAGGACGUGGCCAACAACACCAACGAGGAGGCCGGCGACGGCACGACCACCGCCACGGUGCUGGCCCGCGCCAUCGCCAAGGAGGGCUUCGACACCAUCAGCAAAGGCGCCAACCCCGUGGAGAUCCGCCGCGGCGUCAUGAUGGCCGUGGAAACCGUCAUCAACGAGCUGAAGAACCUCUCUAAACCGGUCACCACCCCUGAGGAGAUCGCCCAGGUCGCCACAAUCUCAGCCAACGGCGACGUGGAGAUCGGCACCAUCAUCUCCAACGCCAUGAAGAAAGUGGGCCGCAAGGGAGUCAUCACCGUCAAGGAUGGGAAAACUCUGCACGAUGAGCUGGAGAUCAUUGAGGGCAUGAAGUUUGACCGGGGUUACAUCUCCCCGUACUUCAUCAACACCGCCAAAGGUCAGAAGGUCGAGUUCCAGGACGCCUACGUGCUGCUGAGUGAGAAGAAGAUCUCCAGCGUGCAGAGCAUCGUGCCGGCCCUGGAGAUCGCCAACCAGCACCGCAAACCGCUGGUCAUUGUGGCCGAGGACGUGGACGGAGAGGCGCUCAGCACCUUGGUGCUCAACAGGCUCAAGGUGGGCCUUCAGGUGGUGGCUGUUAAAGCGCCCGGCUUCGGAGACAACAGGAAGAAUCAGCUGAGGGACAUGGCCGUCGCCACCGGGGGAACGGUGUUCGGAGAGGACGCCGUGGGCCUCGCCCUCGAAGACAUCCAGGCUCACGACUUCGGGAAGGUCGGCGAGGUGCAGAUCACCAAAGACGACACCCUGCUGCUGAAGGGAGGGGGCACCCCGGCCGACGUGGAGAGGCGUGCCAACGAGAUCGUGGAGCAGCUGGAGAACACCACCAGCGACUACGAGAAGGAGAAGCUCAACGAGCGGCUGGCCAAGCUGUCCGACGGCGUGGCCGUGCUCAAGAUCGGAGGAACGAGCGACGUGGAGGUGAAUGAGAAGAAGGACCGCGUGACGGACGCCCUGAACGCCACCCGCGCCGCGGUGGAGGAGGGCAUCGUGCCGGGCGGAGGCUGCGCUCUGCUGCGCUGCAUCCCGUCGCUCGACACCAUCAAGACCGCCAACGCCGACCAGAAGAUCGGUGUGGAGAUCAUCAGACGGGCGCUCCGUAUUCCCGCCAUGACCAUCGCCAAGAACGCCGGCGUGGAGGGCUCUCUAGUGGUGGAGAAGAUCCUGCAGGGGCCGGUCGACGUCGGCUACGACGCCAUGCUGGGAGAGUACGUCAACAUGGUGGAGAAGGGCAUCAUCGACCCCACCAAGGUGGUGAGGACGGCGCUGCUGGACGCCGCCGGAGUCGCCUCCCUGCUCUCCACCGCCGAGGCCGUUGUCACGGAGAUCCCCAAGGAGGAGAAGGAGAUGCCCGGAGGCGGCAUGGGAGGAAUGGGAGGCAUGGGAGGGAUGGGAGGCAUGGGUUUCUAAGCCGAUCCUCCUCCUCCUCCUCCUCCUAGUUCGCUGUACAGACUUGAUAACGGGCGGAGUGGUGGUGCUGGUGGGGGGGAGGGAGGAAGGGGGGCGACCGGGGGAGGGAAAAACUGCACCCACCUCCCUAAACUGACUGGCCCCCGAUGCCGUGAUGAGUAACGUUGGAGCCGCAGACGUUUCGAUCGCCAUCCUCAAUUUCAGUUUAUGUCCCAUGAUUCCGCCUCUUCGUCCGGGGCGCGUGGAGGAGUCUUCCUCGCCUGACUUGAGCCUGCUUUACUGCAGCCGAGCUCCACUCUGAGGCCGAAGCCCCCCCCCCCCCCGACAGAGUAAUGCUUACAGGUUUCAUACGACACGUUGUUGAUGCUCUGUGUUACCGAGAAAGAUGCCCAGCCAGGAUUUUGUCCUUUUUUUUGUUUUUGUCAUAGCAUUUUGGUAAUUCUUUUUUUAUAUAUAUAAUAUAUCCGUAGUGUUUUUGUUUUGUCCGGCUAAUGUUGCGUGUAAUGAACUUCUGUCACUUGGUUUAAUUAAACUAAUUUUCUUACGGAG